GCCGAUAUGUAAUCCACAUAAAAGACCCGCGGGUGACCGACGCGUAACCCAGAAGAGGCACUCGUCUUGCUUUGUAGUACGCCUCUCGGACGUCAAUUCUCACCUCUCUCUCGACAAUUCUCAGUUCCUGCAAUCUUCGAAGCCCCAACCUCCAAAUCUCAUUCCAUCUCUGCUUCCCGAAGCACAAUCACUCUCUCUAGGAACCCUAACCUCCCAGUUAUUUACGAUGCCUAAUUUACUAUCAACUGUUCCGAAUCAGAUUCGUUUCCUGCUCCAGAGUUUGAACGAAGCCAACGUCGACUCUGUUUUUCGAGAACUCUGUCAGAUCAUUGAAUACGGAGUUGAGGGAAGCAUUCUGGUGCUCCAAACCUGCUUGGAACACCUGCAUUUCCACAGGACAGACUUGAAGAACGUGCAGCUGGAACCAGUUCUAGUGUCAAUUUUCAAAUUUCUCAUGGACAAGCCAAAUUUCAGCACUGUGCUUUGUCAGUCACUAAGAAGUAUAGCGAUUAGUGAAGAGCUGCUAGAGAAUUUGUCUAAUGUGUUACGUUUAUCUCUGUCUGAAAAAAUUGGCAUUGGUCUUGCUCUAUCUGAUUCUGAGAAUCUUCAAACUAGAGUGGCUGCAAAGAAAUUUUGCAUGGCUCAGAUUGAGGAACUGUGUGCAGAUCCUGUUUCUAUGAAUUCUGUGGAACAAAUACAGAAUAUUGUUAUGUUCCUCCAGCAGUCUGAGGGCCUUUCCAAGCAUGUAGAUCGCCUUUUGCAGAUAUUAUCCUUACUGCAACCUAAUGAUGUUUCCCCCUUUGUAUUAACUCCAUUGCUUUCAGAUGAAAUGCGUGAAACCAAUUUCUUGAGGAAUAUGGAUUCGUUCCAUGAAUGCAAGGAAAAUGAGUUUGAUGCACUUUUAGCUGAAAUGGAGAAGGAGAUGAAUGCAGGUGAUAUUGUGAAGGAAUUGGGCUAUGGAUGCACAUUUGAUGCCUCACACUGCAAAGAGAUAUUGUCUCUUUUUUUACCACUGACCGAGAGUGUCAUUUCAAAGAUAUUUGGAACUAUUGCCCGCCACCAUUCUGGCCUUGAAGACAGCCAAAGCACAUUUGCCAACUUUGGUUUAGCUCUUGGUUGUAGCAUUUCCCCUGAUCUCCCGUUGUUGAGUUCCUGGGAUAUUGAUAUCCUUGUAAAAACUAUUAAGCAACUUGCUCCUGGCACCAACUGGAUACAAGUGAUGGAAAAUAUGGAUCAUGAGGGCUUCUACAUUCCUGAUGAAGAGGCUUUUUCUUUCUUCAUGUCUUUGUAUAGACAUGCUUGUCAGGAUCCAUUUCCUCUUCAUGCUGUUUGUGGGUCCCUAUGGAAGAAUACUCAAGGUCAACUCUCUUUUCUCAAAUACGCCGCGUUGGCACCUCCUGAAGUGUUUACCUAUGCUCAUUCUGGAAGGCAGCUGGUCUAUAAUGAUGCAGUUCAUGGCCAUAAACUUCAACUUGGACAUGCAAAUCAUGCAUGGUUGUGUCUUGACUUGUUGGAUGUGCUUUGUCAACUAGCUGAGAUGGGUCAUUCUAGUUCCAUUCGAUCAAUGCUUGAAUAUCCCCUUAAGCACUGUCCUGAAAUCUUACUUCUUGGGAUGUCACAUAUCAAUACUGUGUACAACCUUCUCCAGCAUGAAGUGUCUUAUACGGUUUUUCCUAUGAUAAUCAAAAGCGCCACAGGUAGCAGUAUGAUUCUUUAUCUCUGGCAUGUAAAUCCGAGUCUUGUUGUACGGGGAUUUGUUGAUGCUCACAACAUGGAGCCAGACUGUAUGACCAAGAUUUUGGAUAUAUGCCAAGAGCUAAAGAUUCUGUCAGCGGUGUUAGAUACAAUUCCUUCUCCCUUUGGUAUCAGGUUGGCAGCCCUAGCUUCACGACAGGAACUUGUCGACCUUGAGAAGUGGCUGACUACUAAUUUAAUUACAUACAAGGACUUUUUCUUUGAGGAAUGUCUCAAGUUUUUGAAGGAGGUUCAACUUGGGGGAUCGCAAGAUUUUUCUACCAAACCUUUCCAGCAUAGUAGUUCUAUGGCGAAUAUUUAUAUGGAGAAUAGUUCUACCUUCAGUUCUACCUUCCUGAAGGUCCUUAAAGCUCAUACGGGCUUAAUCAUCUCUAGUCAACUUUCUGAGGAAAUGGAAAGGUUGCAUUUAACAAUUAUGGACUCCAAUCCAAGAUUGCAGAAUGGCGGCUCAGCAGAUUCAUCUACCCCUGAUGGGUUUUCUGAUGAUGUUGAGGCUGAAGCAAACUCUUAUUUCCAUCAAAUGUUUUCUGGUCAGUUAACAAUUGAUGCAAUGGUUCAAAUGCUUGCUCGAUUCAAGGAGUCGCCAGUGAAAAGGGAGCAAUUAAUUUUUGAAUGCAUGAUUGGCAAUCUUUUUGAGGAGUACAGAUUCUUUCCCAAGUAUCCUGAAAGGCAACUAAAAAUUGCUGCUUUACUUUUUGGUUCUGUUAUCAAGCACCAGCUCGUAACUCAUUUAACUCUUGGGAUUGCUUUGCGUGGUGUUUUAGAUGCACUACGAAAACCUCCAGAUUCCAAAAUGUUUGUGUUUGGGACCAAGGCUUUGGAACAGUUUGUGGAUCGCCUGAUUGAGUGGCCCCAAUAUUGCAAUCAUAUCUUACAGAUAUCUCAUCUACGCAGUACACAUGCAGAACUUGUUUCUUUCAUUGAGCGGGCUCUUGCCAGGAUUUCAUCAGGUCACUUGGAACCCGAUGGGAGUAAUAAUGCUACUGCUUCUCAUCAUCAUAGUUUUUCGCAGCCUAGCUCAGCAAAUGGAGAGUUGAAUAGUGUUAACAUCACACAGCCUGUGCCGCAGCUUUCCUCUGCACUCCAUGUUCAACAGAGACAUGAAUUUGCUCCUGAUGACCGCCAUAAACUCUCUGUGGCUUCAUCUAAUGAAACAAAAUCUCUUUUGCCUCCAGGAGGGCAAUCUUUGGUUUCUCCUUUUGCUGAUAAUUCUAGCCUUCAGAAGAGUGUGGCCAGUGCUCCAGCUAUGCUGUCUUCUUCUCAUGGUUUCCGUGGUGGUGCUCGAGGAGUUACCUCUACUAGGUUUGGUUCAGCUUUGAACAUUGAAACACUUGUAGCUGCUGCUGAGAGAAGAGAAACUCCAAUAGAGGCUCCGGCAUCUGAAAUUCAGGACAAAAUAUCAUUUAUCAUUAACAAUAUUUCAGUGGCCAACAUUGAAGCAAAAGCAAAAGAAUUCACCGAAAUAUUAAAAGAGCAGUAUUAUCCCUGGUUUGCCCAGUAUAUGGUUAUGAAAAGGGCAAGCAUUGAGCCCAAUUUUCAUGACUUAUACUUGAAGUUUCUUGACAAAGUUAAUUCAAAGGCAUUGAAUAAGGAGAUUAUCCAAGCCUCUUACGAGAACUGCAAGGUUCUCCUAGGUUCAGAGCUUAUCAAGUCAAGUUCAGAAGAGCGUUCAUUGCUAAAAAAUUUGGGAAGCUGGCUUGGGAAAUUAACAAUUGGCAGGAAUCAAGUUCUAAAGGCUCGGUUGAUAGAUCCCAAAUCCUUGAUCAUCGAGGCAUAUGAGAAAGGACUGAUGAUUGCUGUAAUUCCAUUUACUUCAAAGAUUCUGGAACCUUGCCAAAGUAGUGCAGCUUAUCAUCCCCCAAAUCCAUGGACUAUGGGUAUUCUUGGAUUGCUGUCAGAAAUCUAUUCAAUGCCGAACUUGAAAAUGAACCUUAAGUUUGACAUAGAGGUUCUAUUCAAGAACCUUGGUGUGGAUAUGAAGGACAUAUCACCCACUUCUUUUCUGAGAGAUCGAAAAAGAGAAAUUGAAGGGAACCCUGAUUUCUCUAACAAAGAUGCUGGAGCAUCACAGCCACAGAUUGUUGCUGAAGUUAAAUCAGGGAUAAUGUCGCCACUAAAUCAUGACUUGCCUCUUGAGGUUGUUAACCCGCCUAAUUCUGCUGCCCAUACACUAUUAUCUCAGUAUGCUGCUCCUGUCCAUGUUUCUCCUGUGACAAUGACCGAUGAUGAAAAACUGGCAGCAUUAGGCUUGUCUGAUCAGCUUCCUCCUGGGCCAGGACUUUUUCAAGCUACUCCGUCCCAGCCACCUUUUUCUGUCAGUCAGCUCCCCACAGCAAUACCCAAUAUUGGAACUCAUGUUGUUAUUAACCCGAAGCUCAAUUCUUGGGGUUUGCACUUGCAUUUUCAAAGAGUGGUUCCUAUUGUAAUGGAUAGAGCUAUCAAAGAGAUAGUGUCUGGCAUUGUUCAGCGUAGUGUUUCCAUAGCUACCCAGACGACAAAGGAACUUGUUUUGAAGGAUUAUGCCAUGGAAUCCGAUGAGACGCGAAUAUAUAAUGCAGCACACUUGAUGGUUGCAAGUUUGGCUGGAAGCUUGGCACAUGUAACAUGCAAGGAGCCAUUACGUACUUCAAUAUCUACUCAACUAAGGAGUUCACUUCAGGGUUUGAGUAUUGCUAGUGAACUUCUGGAACAUGCUGUGCAAUUGGCUACAAAUGAUAACCUUGAUCUUGGGUGUGCAAUAAUUGAACAAGCCGCUACAGAUAAGGCAAUACAAACCAUUGAUGGGGAAAUAGCACAACAACUUUCUUUGAGAAGGAAGCAUAGGGAUAGUGUUGGUCCUACAUUUUUUGAUGCAAACAUAUACAGUCAAGGUUCUGUUGGUGUUGUACCUGAGGCCCUCCGCCCAAAACCUGGUCACCUGUCUGUUUCGCAACAGCGAGUUUAUGAGGACUUUGUUAGGCUUCCAUGGCAAAACCAAUCUAGUCAGAGCUCACAUACUAUUUCUACAGCUUCUGCAACUUCUUCUGCUAGUACUGCUUUGCCUAGUACAUAUAGUUCAACGACUGGACAACUUAAUGCAAGUUACUCAUCCGCUCCAGGCAACAUUGGAUUUGAAGCAGUUUCUCGUACAUUGGACAUGGCUUCUGAUACUACUGAAUCUAAUUCGGCUACAGUUCUUAGUGCAUCCUCUAUUCAUGUUGGGGCAAGUGAUAGUGUUAUACAGCAAAAUUCUGAAAACAAUGCUGUCAGUGCUUCGUUUUCUUCAACUGUUCCAGCCCCCGAACUUCAUUCAGUAGACUCCUCUGAUCCUGUGAAGGAACCGGGGAUCUCUCAACAAUCAAUAUCUUCAGCAGCUUCUGAUCGGGUUGGGAGUAGCAUUUCAGAUCCUUCAUUGAACACAAGGGAUGCACUGGAUAAAUAUCAGAUUGUUGCGCAGAAGUUGGAGGCUUUGGUUAGUGGUGAUGCUAGAGAAUCAGAAAUCCAGGGAGUGAUUGCUGAGGUUCCUGAAAUCAUUCUCCGAUGUGUUAGUCGAGAUGAGGCUGCCUUGGCUGUGGCACAAAAGGUUUUCAAGGGUUUAUACGAAAAUGCUACAAACAAUUUUCAUGUCAAUACUUGUCUUGCAAUUCUUGCUGCUAUUCGUGAUGUUUGCAAGCUUGUGGUUAAAGAACUCACUAGUUGGGUGAUUUACUCUGAUGAGGAGCGGAAGUUCAAUAAAGACAUUACUGUUGGCCUUAUACGCAGUGAAUUGCUCAAUCUUGCUGAGUACAAUGUUCAUAUGGCAAAACUUAUUGAUGGGGGAAGGAAUAAAGGUGCAACUGAGUUUGCUAUAUCCCUUAUCCAAGCUUUAGUUGUUGAAGAAUCCAAAGUUAUAUCUGAACUCCACAACCUUGUUGAUGCAUUGGCUAAGUUUGCCGCAAAACCUGGUUCUCCUGAGUCAUUACAACAGCUGAUUGAGAUCGUCAGAAAUCCUGUUGCAGCUAAUUCUGCUGCAUUAACUGAUUUUACAUCUGUAAAAGAGGACAAGACUAGGCAGUCUAGAGAUAAAAAGGCUGCGAGUCAAUCUAUAGCUAACAGAGAGGACUACAGUAAUCUUGACUCUGUAGAACCAGAUCCUGUUGGUUUCCGCGAACAGGUAUCCAUGCUAUUUGCGGAAUGGUAUCGCAUAUGUGAACUUCCGGGAGCAAAUGACGCAGGUUGUACUCAUUACAUCUUACAAUUGCAUCAAAAUGGACUUUUGAAGGGGGAUGAUAUGACAGAUCGGUUUUUCCGAAUCCUCACGGAGCUCUCUGUUGCACAUUGCUUAUCCUCGGAGGUGAUUAGUUCCGGUGCUCUGCAAUCGCCUCAACAAGGGCAGAGCUUGUCUUUCCUUGCCAUUGAUAUUUAUGCAAAACUUGUCUUUUCAAUCCUUAAGGUGGAGCAGGGGUCUAGUAGAUUUUUUCUUUUGUCAAAGAUUUUGGCUGUGACCGUGAGAUUUAUACAAAAGGAUUCAGAGGAGAAGAAAACAUCUUUCAAUCCAAGACCAUACUUCCGACUGUUUGUGAAUUGGUUGUUGGAUCUCGUCUCCUCAGACCCUGUUAUUGAUGGUGCAAUCUUUCAGAUCUUGACAGCCUUUGCUGGUGCAUUCCAUAAUUUGCAGCCCCUUAAAGUUCCUGCAUUCAGCUUUGCAUGGCUCGAGUUGGUGAGUCACAGGAGCUUCAUGCCAAAAUUGCUAAUGGGAAAUGCUCAGAAGGGUUGGCCCUAUAUCCAGCGCCUUCUGGUAGACUUGUUCCAAUUCCUGGAGCCAUUUUUGAGGAGUGCUGAACUAGGAAUGCCUGUUCACUUCCUGUAUAAAGGUACACUAAGGGUGCUGCUGGUGCUACUUCAUGAUUUUCCAGAAUUCCUAUGUGAUUAUCAUUUCACCUUCUGUGAUGUGAUUCCUCCGAGCUGCAUACAAAUGCGUAAUAUUAUCCUUAGUGCAUUCCCUCGCAAUAUGAGGCUACCAGAUCCUUCUACUCCCAACCUGAAGAUUGAUUUGCUUCCAGAAAUAAGGGAGGCUCCUCACAUUCUAUCUGAGGUUGAUGCUGCUCUCAAGCUAAAGCAGAUGAAAGCUGAUGUGGAUGAGUAUCUCAAGACAAGACAGCAGGGUUCUUCAUUCCUGACAGAAUUGAAACAGAGACUACUCCUUUCACCGGGUGAAGCUGCCUCUGCUGGAACGCGUUAUAAUGUACCACUGAUCAACUCCCUUGUGCUUUAUGCCGGGAUGCAGGCCAUCCAGCAGCUACAGGCAAGAACACCUCAUGCACAGUCAACUGGAAACACUGCUCCUCUAGCUGUGUUAUUGGUAGAUGCUGCCUUGGAUAUUUAUCAGACUCUCAUAUUGGAAUUGGACACUGAAGGGCGAUAUCUCUUCCUGAAUGCUGUUGCUAAUCAACUGCGCUAUCCAAACAACCACACACAUUACUUCUCUUUUGUCCUACUUUACUUGUUUGCUGAAUCGAACCAGGAAAUUAUACAGGAGCAGAUCACAAGAGUACUGUUGGAACGCCUAAUAGUUAACCGUCCACAUCCCUGGGGCCUUUUGAUCACUUUCAUUGAACUCAUUAAGAAUCCUAGAUACAACUUCUGGAACCGGUCCUUCAUAAGGUGUGCACCAGAGAUUGAAAAACUCUUCGAGUCGGUGGCAAGAUCAUGUGGUGGCUUAAAGCCUAUGGACGAGAGUAUGGUAUCUGGCUGGGUAUCUGAGGGCACACAUUGAGGCUUUCUCUAACGCCUGUUUGGAUUUGCUCCUUUUGCAUUCUUACAGAUAUUAUUUUGUAGUUUACUGUUAAAACCAAUUUUAUGGCAGUAUAGAUUUGUACUGGAUAAGACCGGCUUUUUAAUUUUGUUAUCUUUCUCAGCUAUAGUUUACCUGAAUUUUGAAACUGCAAGAUAAAACUUGCAAUAGUAACUGUAAAAUGGUAGUUCGUUGAGUGCCGUUUCAAACAUAUGCAAUUACCGAUUAGAAAUUAUGAUUACAUCUCUUGGUCAAUAAUUUUCAUACUA